GGCCCCAGUCCCUGCAGUGGCUGUAACAAAACCCAGACCCCCACGUCCAGGCCAAUGGAGGCGAUUUAGACUGGAGCGGGACCGCGUCUGUCAAAAGCCCGACUCGGGAGCAGCGGCGGAGUCCAGAAGGAGAGCUGGAGCCGCCGCGCUGCCUCCCCGCCCCCGCCGGGAUUUAUUGAGUAUUUGGACUGGACAAUUAAGUGGCUCUGAUGAUGUUACCAAGCCCGGUCACCUCCACCCCUUUCUCAGUCAAAGACAUUUUGAAUCUGGAGCAUCAGCAGCAACAGCACUUCCACGGUGCGCACUUGCAGGCGGACUUGGAGCACCACUUCCACUCGGCGCCCUGCACGCUGGCCACCGCUGACGGGACGCAAUUUUCUGACGGAGGGGAAGAGGACGAGGAGGAAGAGGGAGAGAAAUUGUCCUACUUGAAUUCACUAGCUACAGCCGAUGGCCACGGGGAUUCCGGGCUCUGCCCCCAGAGCUAUGUCCACACAGUCCUGCGAGACGCCUGCAGCGGGCCUAAGGAACAUGAAGAAGAGCCGGAGGUCGUGAGGGACCGGAGCCAGAAAAGCUGCCAGCUGAAAAAGACUCUGGAGGCGGCCGGAGACUGUAAGGCGGCGGAGGAGAGCGAGAGGCCGAAGCCACGCAGCCGCCGGAAGCCUAGGGUCCUCUUCUCGCAAGCCCAGGUCUUCGAGCUGGAACGCAGGUUCAAGCAGCAGCGGUACCUGUCUGCGCCGGAGCGCGAGCACCUCGCCAGCAGCCUGAAACUCACAUCCACUCAGGUGAAGAUCUGGUUCCAGAAUCGCAGGUACAAGUGCAAGAGACAGCGGCAGGACAAGUCUCUGGAGCUGGGUGGGCACGCGCCCCCUCCGCCCCCGCGCCGCGUGGCGGUGCCGGUGCUGGUGCGGGAUGGCAAGCCUUGCGUCACGCCCGGCGCGCCAGCCUACGGCGCGCCCUACAGCGUGGGUACCGGCGCCUACUCCUACAACAGCUUCCCCGCCUACGGCUAUGGGAACUCGGCAGCUGCGGCUGCGGCCGCCGCGGCUGCAGCCGCCGCCGCGGCGGCCUACAGCGGCAGCUAUGGCUGUGCGUACCCGGCAGGCGGUGGCGGUGGUGGCGGGGCCUCUGCGGCGGCCUCAGCCAUGCAGCCCGCCUGCAGUGCGGCGGGAGGCGGCCCCUUUGUGAACAUGAGCAACCUGGGAGGCUUCGGCGGCGGCGGUGGCGGCGGCGGCGCGCAGCCGUUGCACCAGGGUGCGGCGGCCGGGGCCGCGUGCGCGCAGGGCUCCUUGCAGGGCAUCCGGGCCUGGUAGGGACCGGGCAGGUCAAGCGGUGGGCCCCUUACAGCAGCCUGGCGCCACGGGACUAAAGCGCGAGAAAGGCUGGAUCCCAGGAAGGGCCAAGUCCCCUCGUUAAAAAUACAAAUAUAUAUGUAUAUGUCUCGUUCCCCAAGGCCCCACGCGAGGCCUGGGGAAGGGGGCUCGGGGCGAAGAGGAUGCCCAGGAGCGGUCACGGAGACUCUCUCUGAGGCAGAAACACUGGCCAGUUGCCGGGAGGAUGAUGGCCCCGAGCCUAGCCCCGAAAGGAGUGUGAGAGGUUGGGACUGACUCUGGCUGCCGCUCGGUUCUCCUAGAGAAGAGUUUCUCUCCCUCGGCCUUCCCGCAGCCUCUGCGAAGCGCUGGCGGAGAACCCAAGGACAAAAAUUAAAAUGAAGGAGAGAAAAAUGGGCGUCGUGACUUGAGAGCUCCCCAGGUCUUACCGACCCUCUGCCCUCUUUGCGGGCCGGCGCGCCACACCACAGUCCAUUUUCCUUUUCCCAACUGCCUGCUCUCUGCAACAGAUACCUCGACCUGGAUCUCCGGAUUGUCAGGGGGCGUAGACUCUGCGAGAAAAACCAGCGGAGCGAGAUCAAAAGUUGGGGGGUUUGAACAAAUCCGGGACCUGGUGGCCCACCGGAGGUGUUACCGGGUUUCCUUUCUGUUUCAUAUUCUGUAUUCAUCACAUAUAUAAUAUAUAUAUAUCCACAUGCCAUGUACACACCCGCUGCCAUACACUACAGGAGUCAAUAAACAAGGUGCAAUAUUUUCAAAC